AAACAACCCUAUUCUUCUUUCAAGUUGUUUAAACAAGAAUCCAUGGAGACGCCAAUUCGAAUAGCAAUACUCGAGUGUGACACCCCUCUGGACCACACUCGAGCAAAGUAUGGAGGGUAUGGCGGCGUGUUCAAAGCACUUUUGGCAGCGGCAGCAGAUACUUUAGGGCUACCUGAUUUGAUAUCAUCUAUGAAAGGCCUUGAGUUAAGCACUUUCGAUGUUGUUAAUGAGCAGGAGUAUCCCGAUUUGAAUAAGAUUGAUGCUGUUCUCCUAACAGGCUCACGCCACAAUUCUUUCGAUGAUACACCGUGGAUUCUCAAACUUGUAGAGUUCACAAAGGAAUUGCUCCAACAAAACCGUAUACGAAUCAUCGGAGUAUGCUUCGGUCACCAGAUCCUUGGCCGUGCAGCUGGAGUCAAGGUUGGUAGGAGUGAGGGCGGCUGGGAAGUCUCAGUACUACCUAUCGAGUUGACUGAGAAGGGAAAGGAGCUAUUCAAGCAAGAUACUAUUAGUUUGCAUCAAAUGCACCGAGAUGCUGUCUUUGAGUAUCCUGAAGGAGUUGAGAAGCUAGGUGCCUCUCCUCGAUGUCUUGUACAGGGCAUGUACGCGAAAGGAAAGUUCAUCUCGGUCCAGGGGCAUCCAGAGUUCAAUCAGGAAAUUGUGAGCGAGCUCGUAACAGCAAGGCACUUACAAGGAAUAUUUAACGAAGAGAUGUAUAAAGACGCGAUGGUCAGGGUUGCAAAGCAUCACGACGGCGUCGCUGUGGCUGCUGCGUUCUUACGGUUUCUGCUUGAAGAGUAGAGCAGCGGCAGCAUCUGUAGAAAAGAAUG